AGCAGGAGGUAGGUAAGGUGAGCAGCAGUUGCCUCUGGAAUUAAUUGGGGUCCCCCAACCCUAGGUGCUCUGCUUUUCUGCUUUACUCUUUGGCAGCUUGUUGUGCUGCAGCAGUUUAUUUUUAAGGGAGCUACUACACUCUCCCUAUCUACAGGAAACAGAAUUAAAAAAAAAAAAAGGAAGAAUUUGGCCAGGAGCCAAACCCAGUGACUGAAGUAAGAAGUAGGGAACUUGGAGUAAGUUUAGUUACCAGGACAUUGCAUGGCAGAGCGGGUCUGCGGUGGAUUUUAAGGGGCUUGGAGGCAAGCACGCGAUGCCCAUUUCACUGCGCAAAGAAGCUUUGCUUUCUUAGAUGAAGGUCUUGGCACUGUGACUACAAGCGAAGCUGUUGGUUUUGGGAGGGAAUAAAGCUGCGUGUAAAUGAGAAGAGAGGAGUGUACCGGAGUGCUAUGGAGGGCAGCAACUUUGUUGUGAUUUUUACAAGCCUUCAAGGAAGUUCCAUGGAGUUGGACUAAAAUAAAGUUUUGGGAUGUCUCUAUUUGGAUUGAAAUUUGGAAAGAAGAAACUGAAAGAGGAAGAGAGACAACUUCAAGCAAACAACCGGGAUUUUAAUCUGCAGUUUGAAUAUGCUAACAAUUCAAUUAAAACAUCAAAAUACAACUUCUUCACUUUCCUGCCUCUCAACCUGUUUGAACAGUUUCAGCGAAUAGCCAAUGCUUACUUUCUUUUCCUGCUGAUUUUGCAGUUGAUUCCUCAGAUUUCCUCGCUGGCCUGGUUUACAACGGUGGUGCCCCUGGUCCUGGUGCUGGCUGUGUCGGGAGUCAAGGAUGCCAUUGAUGAUUUUAAUCGACACAAAAGUGACAAACAUGUCAACAACCGCCCAGUCCAGGUCCUGAUCAAUGGCAUGUUAAAGGAUGAAAAAUGGAUGAAUGUCCAAGUGGGGGAUAUAAUAAAACUAGAAAACAACAACUUUGUGACGGCUGACCUACUGUUGCUGUCGAGCAGCGAGCCACACAGCCUGACAUACAUCGAGACAGCUGAGCUGGACGGUGAAACAAACCUCAAGGUGAAGCAGGCACUGACAGUCACUGCAGAGCUUGGAGAAGAUCUUCAGAAACUGACAGAGUUCAACGGUGAAGUCAGAUGUGAGGCACCAAACAACAAACUGGAUAAGUUCACAGGAACUCUCACUCUUCGAGGAGAGAAGUAUGCCCUGGACAAUGAGAAGAUGUUGCUGAGGGGUUGUACGAUUAGGAACACAGAGUGGUGCUUUGGUCUCGUAAUUUAUGCUGGGCCAGACACCAAACUAAUGCAAAACAGUGGAAAAACAACUUUUAAACGUACAAGCAUUGAUCGGCUCAUGAAUGUUCUUGUGUUGGUGAUCUUUGCAUUUUUAGCACUGAUGUGUCUUAUCCUAGCCAUUGGCAAUGGCAUCUGGGAAUAUGAUACAGGCUACUACUUCCAGGUCUAUCUGCCAUGGGCAGAAGGUGUCAACUCUGCCCCCUACUCUGGCUUCCUCAUGUUCUGGUCAUAUGUGAUUAUUCUAAACACAGUGGUGCCAAUUUCACUCUAUGUCAGUGUAGAGAUUAUACGCUUGGGUAACAGUUUCUACAUUGACUGGGACCGCAAAAUGUAUUACCCGCUGAACGACACGCCGGCUCAGGCCCGUACCACUACACUCAAUGAAGAGCUGGGGCAGAUCAAGUACAUCUUCUCAGACAAAACAGGAACUCUCACUCAGAACAUCAUGUGUUUCAAUAAGUGCUCCAUUAAUGGCAAAUCCUAUGGUGAUGUAUAUGAUACAUCUGGACAAAGGAUAGAAAUAAAUGAGAACACAGAGAAGGUUGAUUUCUCCUACAACCAGUUAGCCGACCCAAAGUUUGCCUUCUAUGACCAUAGCCUGGUGGAAGCUGUGAAGCUGAGUGAUGUCCCGACGCACAGGUUCUUCCGGCUACUCUCACUUUGUCACACAGUGAUGCCAGAAGAGAAGAAGGAAGGUAACUUGGUGUAUCAGGCACAAUCUCCUGAUGAGGGAGCCCUUGUCACUGCUGCCAGAAACUUUGGAUUUGUGUUCCGGGCUCGCACACCGGAGACCAUCACUGUUGUGGAAAUGGGAGAGACAAAAAUCUACAAACUCCUGGCUAUUCUUGAUUUCAAUAAUGUUCGCAAGCGCAUGUCUGUUAUUGUGCGAAGCCCAGAAGGUGACUUGACUUUGUACUGCAAGGGGGCUGACACCAUUCUUUAUGAACUGCUUCAUUCAUCCUGCGAAUCUCUCAAAGAGGAAACCACAGAACACCUGAAUGAGUUUGCUGGUGAAGGUCUGAGGACACUCGUGGUCGCCUAUAAAAACUUGGAUGAAGACUACUUUCAGGACUGGAUCAGGCGUCACCACGAAGCAAGCACUGCCUUGGAAGGACGGGAAGAUAAAUUGUCGGAAUUAUAUGAAGAGAUUGAAAAGGACCUGAUGCUGCUAGGUGCCACAGCAAUUGAGGACAAGUUACAAGAUGGAGUCCCACAGACAAUUGAGACUCUUGCCAAAGCCAACAUUAAGAUAUGGGUUCUCACUGGAGACAAGCAAGAGACGGCAAUGAAUAUUGGUUACUCCUGCAACUUGCUCUAUGACGACAUGGAUGAUGUUUUCGUUAUUGACGGCAGCACAUCUGAUGACGUACUUAAUGAGCUGAGGAAUGCAAGGAAAAAGAUGAAGCCAGACUCCUUUCUGGACAGUGAUGAACUCAACAUUCAAUUUGAAAAAUCAUCAAAAAAGCCAAAAAUUUUACCUGAUGAGCAAGCAAAUGGAGUGUAUGGUCUGGUUAUCACUGGCCACAGUCUGGCUUAUGCAUUAGAAGGGAAUCUGGAGCUGGAGCUGGUGAGAACUGCUUGCAUGUGCAAAGUGGUGAUCUGCUGCCGGGUGACGCCACUGCAGAAAGCCCAGGUGGUGGAGCUGGUGAAGAAGUACAAGAAGGCUGUGACACUGGCAAUUGGAGAUGGCGCCAAUGAUGUCAGCAUGAUAAAAACUGCCCACAUCGGGGUUGGUAUCAGUGGCCAGGAGGGGAUGCAGGCAGUCUUGUCCAGCGACUUCUCCUUUGCACAGUUCCGUUACCUGCAGCGCCUGCUCUUGGUCCAUGGCCGGUGGUCCUACAUCCGCAUGUGCAAGUUCCUCAAAUACUUCUUCUACAAGAAUUUUGCCUUCACAUUAGUGCAUUUCUGGUAUGGCUUCUUCUCUGGCUUCUCAGCACAGACUGUCUACGAUGAGUGGUUCAUUACGCUUUACAAUUUGGUAUAUACCUCCCUCCCGGUGCUAGGAAUGAGCCUCUUCGAUCAGGAUGUGGAUGAUCGUUGGAGCAUGCUGUUUCCUCAGCUAUACGUGCCUGGCCAGCAAAACCUCUAUUUUAACAAAAUAGUGUUUGUCAAGUGCAUGUUGCAAGGAAUCUACAGUUCCCUCAUUCUCUUCUUCAUCCCCUAUGGGGCCAUGUACAAUACAAUGAGAAGUGAUGGGAAGGCCAUUGCUGACUACCAGUCCUUUGCACUGAUGGCCCAGACCUGCUUAUUGAUUGUGGUGUCUGUACAGAUUGGCUUGGACACCUCUUACUGGACAGUUGUGAACCAGUUCUUCAUCUGGGGCAGCCUUUCUGUUUACUUUGCUAUCACCUUCACCAUGUAUAGUGACGGCAUGUACAUGAUCUUCACAGCCUCCUUUCCAUUCGUUGGUACGGCUCGAAACACCCUCAGCCAGCCAAAUGUGUGGCUAGCAAUCUUCCUCAGCAUCACCCUCUGUGUGCUGCCUGUGGUUGGCUUUCGGUUCCUGAAGACUCAGUUAAAGCCAACUCCCAGCGAUAAAGUCCUGCUUAAGAUCAAAGAAGCCAAAAAGCGGCCACCUCCACCCUCACCCAAGAGACGCCUGCGUCGGACCAGCACCCGCCGCUCCGGUUAUGCCUUCUCCCACCAGCAUGGCUUUGGAGCACUCAUUAUGUCUGGAAGAAACAUGCGGCCAAAAUCACCUUUCGCCACAACAGGAACAUUUUCACCAAAUAGUGACAAAUAUAAACACAAAGGACUGUAAAAAACAAGCAAGCAACCAACCAACCACAAAAACACCAAACAUACCCCUAAACCCAGACAAACAAAGAAGAAAAAGACCAAAAAACCAAAGCAAACCAAAACAAAGGGCUAUCAGGAGAGGAGGCCGUGCUCCCUGCAAAGCAUCAAGCCGGUGGUGGCUCAGAGCUCUGUUACCUCUGGGCUAUCAAAUCAAGGACUUGGGCCUUUCCUUUCACCCACACGUGUGCUCUGACUCCAGCUUCUUUUCCAAAGACGUGUGCUGCUGCCAUGGAAGGCAGGCAGGGUGAAUAAGAGCUGUUUCAGGGUAUCCCAGAGAGCGUCCGUGGAACAAGACAGAACAUACUGCAGGAGGCAUCUCCACUUCUUGAGAUUGUUCCUAAUGCUAUUUUAUUUUUUUUCCUCCCUUUAACUACAUACCUCAGAGCAAAGAGAAGUCCAGGCUGAGGGAAAGGCUGAAUUGGUGAUGUCUUUCUCAUUCACGUGCCUUUGUUUUUGUCAUAAAUCCACUCCUGGCUGUAUUACUGGGGUGACAGUAUUGACCCCAGGUGUGCCUUAGGUCCAGCCACACAACCCCCAGAUCCCCAGUCUUUGUAAUACGUGUAAUUUUUUAGCCUUUUGACUGUGUACAGGCACUUUGAAAGGCAUGAGUUGGAAAUAACCUCCUUCCAAAGAAACUGUUAAUCCAGUUUCUCAAGAGAUGGCCAGUGACCAAAUACCAGCCUCAUCCCACAUCUGCAGUCAGGAAGUGCUGCAAGCUCAGAGAAACCCUUAGUUGGUCAAGGGACAAGGACUUGACAUUCAUCAGCCUGCCCUGUUUUAUCUGCAUUGCAAAUCUGCUCUCGUAAAAAGAUCAUUGUCCUCAGAGCCCUCUCAGGUUUUGUAGCUGGGUCCCAGCCAUUUCAUUUAGACUCAAAGGGCUGAAGCAGCUCAGGCUGCCAUAAGAAUCAAGCCAUAAAAUCUGGCCCUGAGAAGCCCAAGACACGGUUAGGGCUCAUCUGAACUGCUGGCACCCAGUGUCUCUCCCACCAUGACAAACUGAGGCACAUGCACGUUUGACUUGAUGAAGGUCACACGAGCAGUAUCAGAGGCAGAGAUGCUAUUUCAUGGAUAGUGGAGGGUGUCCUGCUCCACUCGUGCUGUUGCUCAGUGUAAGGAAUGAAGCAUGACCCGGUGACUCCCUCUCCCUCCCUGACGAGUGAUGUGGGUCAAGUUUCAGAUGAAUUUAGUGAAGAUUUGGGGGCUGCUACAGAGUUUCCCUGUGCUGGCUAUAUUUGCGAAUGGCUCAUCUGGCAAUCACCAUCUCCAGAGAGCUGAAAUUCCUAUCAGCCUGACUGCCAGCAGAGGGCCCUGAGAUGCACAGGCACAGCCAAAGUCACAGUGAUCCUGGGGGACUGGGAUUUGCUCAUUGUUUUGUUACACCAGCUCCAUAAGCAGCGGGGUUAGUGGGUGGAAGGCCAGCGUGGCGGCGUGAGAGUCUGUCCUGCCAGCACUGCUGAGCUGUCUAAAUGAAGAUUUUAGAUUUUUUUGUGCAGACGACUAAGCAGCAUUCACUGGUUUGUGGUUUUUUGGUUUUUUUUGGUGCUUUUAUACAAAUGUAGACUCCUUUCUUGUUUUGAAUUGGAAUUUUUUGCACAGUAACCAUCUGGUAUUUAUUGGUAGCUCUCUGCCUCGAGGCUGAGCUAUCGAUGGAAACAAUGUAUGAUGGCAACAGGCCAGCCAUGUCCCUAUUAAUCUGAUUUGCCUGUAACACCUUGCUGCCUGUGGUCCCAGUUUCAGCAGUUAAUGAGUGUUGAAGCUUUAAUAGAAGGUUUCAUCUCCCAGCAUUUACCCCAGCACCGAAAAAAGAUUGUUGCACCUGCUGCUUUGGGAGGGUCGUUGCAAACCGUGGUAUUACAUUUCAGCGUAGCCAGUGCAAAACUAGAACUGGGACUGGAUCCAGACUUCAGCAUCCAGGAACUGCUUGCUAGGGAAGGACCAAAUUCUAAUAAUUGAUCUCUCCUGCAAGGAGAUACCUAAGUAAAGUGAGCGCCUGCACUCUGACUGACGAAACUGCUGUGAUGUGCUUGUCACCACCCUCUGAUUUAGCAUUCACUUUGCAGAGACAAUCAGGACUUUUUGAUGAGGAUUGUGGGUUUCACAGUCAGCCUCCCUGGGGCUAGAGGAAAAUGGGGAAUUUAUGCAGUUAAGCAGAUAUCCCGACAAUACCCAGCUGGGUCUGUGGCCUGAGAGUACUAGCAAAGCUGUUUCUAGGAUGUAAUGCAGCAGAAUACAAUGCAGAGUAGCAGAGGCAGACCUUUUGCUGACAAAGCAAGGCAAAUCUGAGACUGUGUCACUCUUCUCAUACGGUUUACGGGCAAAGCAUUCACCUUCUGGCUGAAGCGAACUUGCACAUGCUGCAUAGGACGCACAGGGGAUAAUAGAGCUGCUGGUGAAUUUGCUCCGGAUACAAAUACUUCAGUGGUUUGACAAGAUCAGCAUAUGAAAUAUAUCAGCUAGCAGUGAUGUCUGUCCUACAUCGCUCCUGAUUUUGUAAAAUAAUUUUUUAAAAAGAAAAAAAAUAAAAUAUGGGGAUGACUGA